AUGAAGUUCACAAUACUCAUUGCCGGACUUCUUGGAGUCUUCCUAGCUCCUGCCCUUGCUGAUUAUAAUAUCAACAUCAGUGACGAAGGCAACAGUGUUGGAAGUGGGCAGCAAUCAGUGAGUGUCAACAAUGAACAUAACGUGGCCAACGUGGACAACAACAAUGGAUGGGACUCCUGGAAUUCCAUCUGGGAUUAUGGAACUGGCUUUGCUGCAACCAGACUCUUUGCCAAGAAGCUCUGCAUUGUACAUGAAAUAAACAAGGAGGCUGUGCCCCCCAUUCAUGUCCUCGAUGCCCUGGUCAAGGAAAAGAAGCUUCAAGGAAAAGGACCAGGAGGACCUCCUCCCAAGAGCCUGGUGUACUCAGUUAACCCUAACCAAGUCGAUGAUCUGAACAAGUUUGGAAAAUCCAUCACUAACAUGUGCAGAAAGAUUCCAACAUACCUGGCUGAGGAGAUUCGAGGAGGUAACUCGUGUCUAAAGGACCUUCCUGGUUACCCUCGCUUCCUUCCACCCGGAGCGGGAACCCGGACAUGCCUCGCUGAGCCUGGGAGCUGCCAGCACUUUCGGAGUGGCAGCUGCUGCUGUGCUACUAGCAAGAGGCUUGGCUCUGAUACUAAAACCUGGAUACUCAAAAGAGGACUACAUGAUGGGCAGAACAUAGACAGUCGCAAGCUGCACUUAGCUCUGGGGCUUACAGACACACAGAUUUUUAAGCAAGUGACUUGA